UUUAAGUUUAACUCUCUUAAACUCCGACCUAACUCACUUAAACUUUUUAUCUUAAAAAAUAUUUUUCCCAUAAAAGUUAAGCUUUUUUUAAAAAAUCAAAAGAAAAGCAUGGCGGCUGCCGUCUGAGGUCAAGUUGAACUUAAAUUAUUAAGUUGAAGUCUAUAAACUUUUGAAUUCCGAUAACACCACACACUUUUCUUCUACUUCUUCUUCUUCCUCUUCAGCCACAAAAACCUAAAACCCUCGCCGGAGAAAAUUUUUAGAGACAAAAAAAUGGACCCCAAGGAGAAACAAGCGAUGUACCGCGAUAUCGGUUUACAAGUUGUAAUGAUUCUUGCACUAGUCUUAAUCUUCCUCAGCAUGCACGGAAUUCCACAAAAAAUUCUCGCAAAACUCCGAAUCCGAAACCGAACCGGAAUCAAAGCAAAGCGUCACUUCGUUCGUGGCGCUCAGCUUCUCACACAAGCUAGAUCUUCCAAAAACAAAUCCAGAUCCGCAAUCAACAACCUCGCAAACGAAGCAUUAACCGAAGCAGAAAAAGCGAUCGAACUCGAUCCUAAAGACGCUGCUUCUUAUCUUCUCAAAGCUAUGAUUCUCGAUCUUCAAGGUUUUCGAACUUCCGCUCUUGAAUCGCUCGAUGCAGCUUUAUCUCCUCUCACUGCUAGUUCUCUUGCAAAAGAUGAACGUGGUGAUGCGUUGUAUAAGAGAGCUGAGUUGAAACUCGCAACGAGUGAACGCGGACGAGUUGACUCGGCUUUAGCUGAUUUGACUGAGUCGGUUAUUUUGAGUCCUAAGAACGCGAAAGCUUGGUGUGCGUUGGGAGAGUGUUAUGAAGGAAAGAAGAUGGAUGAAGAAGCAAAGAAAGCUUACAAGGAAGCUCAUGAGUUGGCGCCAGAAUUUUCUGUGCCGGUUGAAGCACUUAACAGCAAUGUAACAAAAGAUAAAGAGCAGUCUUAAACUUCCACUGGGGAAGAAUGUCUGUUGGAGAGGUGUUUCAUUAGUUGUGGCACCACAUAUCUUUUCAGUGUUUAUGGAAGGAGCAAAUGAGGUGGUGCUCAGUGAAGGCUCAAGCAGUAGAUCAGUAACAUCAAAGCUGUUCUGAAAUGAAAAAUAAAUAAAUUUAUGUACCCUAUUAUUGGUUUCUACUCUGUGCUAAUCAAUGUAUACAUCACUAUAAGACAUGUGAAAUCGAGUACUUUCUUUAUUGAAUGAAAAUUUUCCCUUUGAAUUA